UUAUUUCAGUCUGAGCCAAAGACCCAAGCUUUCCGCAUAGCCAUUCCCAAAGCUGAAGAAACUUGAUCGAGUAAUUGUCGCUUCUGGGCUUCGUCCAGAGAGGAGUCUGCUUAAACUAGUAUUCAUGCUCCACGCAUGACAGAGAUUCUAAUUGUCAUAUACAAUCUAUGCUGCCCCAGUACUUCUUCCUACGUAUAAGAAUAAAGAUACCUUCUUUAAUUCACUUUCAUAAAAUUGCCGCUCUCUUGACACUGCUGAAGCGGUGUGUAGUAGUAGACCAGUGAAUCGAUCCCCACCCGUUCUCAAGAACAUGUGAGGAGAUUGACUCACACGGCACAUCUACUGACCUCGGCUUCUCAGCCUUGAUCUUCAUGUCCGUAGUGCAAUAGAAUCAUUUGGUGGCCGAUGGAUAGUGUCGUGAGGGCUGUUGUGGAGGCAAUUCAUGCAUCGCCUACUCAAGCAGUGCUCUGCCUGUCAGGUGGAGCGUCUCAGGCUCUAGGCUGGCUUUUGUCCGUUCCCCGAGCAUCAAGCACGGUUUUGGAAGUUACUGUUCCUUAUUCACGGAUCUCAAUGCUUCAAUAUUUGGGCAAGGCCCCAUUGCAAUUCGUUAGCAGAGAAUCGGCUGAAGAUAUUGCGCUUGCUGCAUAUAAUCGUGCACUUCGAUUGUCCAUGCCGGGUGUUCCUGUUGCGGGGAUAGGGUUCACAGGAGCAUUGGCGUCUGCUACACCCAAACGUGGAGAUCACAGAUGUUAUGUUGCAGCGCGCACACAGACAGGACUCUGGGAGUGCAACCUCACUCUUUCCAAGGGCAAAAGAGACCGGAUUGGGGAAGAUGAGGUGACGAGCCGAAUUUUGAUCAAGACUCUUGCUGAUGUCUGUGGAGUAUCUCUCGAACUUCCGCUGGGACUGGAUGAUGGUGUUGAGAAGCUGAAUGUGUCAAACAAGAACUUUACUGAAGAUGAGCAGUUAGAGCAUCUUGUUGAAGGCAAAACGUCCAUGGUUUCAUAUGCUCAGUCUGAAGGUGGUAUAUUCCAAUCAGGAGUACGGAAGGUGGUACUUUCAGGUUCUUUCAAUCCCCUGCAUGAGGGCCAUGUCAAGCUCCUGGAAGUCGCGUGCAGUAUGUGCGAAAGGAGCAUCCCGUGCUUUGAGAUAUCUGUAAUCAACGCAGACAAGCCUCCACUCUCCCUGGUUUCCAUCAAACAGCGUGUGAAACAGUUUCGAGACAUAGGGAAGACUCUUGUUUUGACCAAUCAACCUUAUUUUUAUAAGAAGGCUGAGUUAUUACCGGACAGCACAUUUGUCGUGGGUGUCGACACAGCCAUCAGACUGAUAAACCCAAAAUAUUACGGCGAAAGUCGCGAGAGAAUGCUGGAAGUACUGCUUGGUAUUAAACAUUUGGGUUGCGAUUUCUUGGUUGCUGGUCGCAAAGUUGGGGAGAAGUUUCAAGUACUCGGUGAUCUUAAUGUUCCGGAACCUGUUCAAGAGUUGUUUCGGGCAAUUCCUGAUGAUUCUUUCCGAGUGGAUAUUUCAUCCACCGAAUUGAGGGAGACAAAUGACAAAGCUUAGUACACUCAAACGGGCAAUUUUGCGGCAAUGAAUGCUCUGACUCGAACAUGUUUGAAACAGCUGGAGUACCAAAGUACAUUCUGUACUAGAAAUGAUUCUAAUCCCUUUAGUGGCAUCAGACCGAUAUUAUUGUUUCUGGAGAAUAAUUUCAGUGUCUUAAUUCGUGAGAAUGUCGUCAGCAAGUCUUAAAGGAUGGGUUCUGAGUAAAACUCAGAUACGCUUCUGUGGUUCAGCUUUUCUAUACCUUAAGUAACUAUGACACAUGAGUCAUAAGAACAUGUUACUUCUAUGCGAGAGAAAAUUGUUACCUUACAUUGAUAAAGUUAAUUUAAAGUUUUUUAAAUAUUGUAUUAUCAUCAAGCAUCAUAGACAAGAUUCUGAUGUUAGAACUCACAACUCUGAGUUCUUACAUAGUGAUGUGUGAAGAUAGUAUUUUAAGGUAUCACUA